CAUAUCUAGUAUGUUUCUAAUUCUUUAUUUAUAGAAUUGCCUAAAUUUUGUUUUCAAACUUUGGUCAGUCAACACAACGCUAUGAUACGCCUCUAACGUCGUUCCGCUGUCUGCAUGUAUAUCAGCUGCAUUGUACUGACUAUGCCGGUUCGCUGGUCAAAAUAUUGUUGGCCGUAAAAUCGGACUUACAGAAUAAAAGGUUGACUUUGCUUUGAAAGUGAAAUUAGCGAGAAGACUUCUGAUUUCUGGGGUUAUUGGUAGCAGCUCUUAUUUAUUCGAUAUAAUGACCAAGGGCGAGAAUAUUUUCAGGCGAGCUGCAAUAGCAAUUUUUGCAAUACUCCGGGCGAAAUUCCAUGACAACGGAGAAACAACAGGCAUGGCUGAUCAAUCCAAAAAUGGUAAUGAAGUAGCUGAUGAAAUGGGGUCCGAAUUUGACAGCAAUGAGAAUCAGUGUUCAAGAGAAUGGAAUGAAAAAAUAUUCUUGUUUUUUUUGGCUCUUCUCAUAAUGGUUGCCGUUGUUUUAACAAUCAUAACAGCAGGAAUGGCUGCACCCACUAUUCUUGGGGUGAUGGCCGCAUUGAAAGUCUUCAACCGUACAUCGACAGAAAAAGACUGCUCUUUCCAUUACAACUUUCCAGGUUUAAUUUGCGCAGACGUAGAAGCAAGAGUAGUUGGUAUGGCGGGUGAAGCAGAUGAUCUUACAUUGACAAUUGCUAAACCUUCUCUGGAACGGCAAAUUAUUACAAGAAUCACCGUAACAGGUUUUCCGGGCUUUAUCGCAUCCCUUAAUAGUAAUCUAGACGCAAUCCUUGCUAAAAAACAGAAAAAUAAUUGGAAACGAUUUAUUUUGCAUGUUUUACUUGAUGCAUGGCUAAGAGGAAUUGUCAGGUUACCUGGAAGACCUAAAGAAAGCAUCAAUCGAAACGUAGUUACUGUAGAAGAAGUACUGACAGCACUAAAAACAGUCCCUUCUGGCGCUGGUAUUGAAGCGACAACGGAAAUAGCAGUGAAAACAUUUGCAGACUUUGUCGAGAAAAGUUAUGAUGACUACAUGGAAAAAAAAUCAUUAAUAAAUCUUAUAAUAGAUGGUGCCAUGGAAGCUGCAUCAGCAGUUCGUGUUAAAGUUGCAAAGGAUGUCGAUAACAAUGAAAAGAACGGCACGACACAGGGUGAACAAUUGAAAUCAAUUGUUGUUGCAAACAAAUCCACCCAUGCGGUCACCUUGUUCAUCCUCGCAAACUGGACUAAAAGUCAUAUUUUUUCGCUGAGUAUAAUUAUAGAACGAGGUGAUAGCUUCUUAUUUCAAAAGGAAGAAGCAUUUCGCUUUGAGCUCGGGGCUCGCCGUGAUGGGAGAAAAUUGGAGACAUUUUUCCAGUCGAAAGAGUGGGAGAAAGAUACAAUCCUUCGAGUCAGUGGUCGUGAUCAAUUGGAAGUAGAACAAGAAGAGUUGCCGUCUAUGGAAAAACAAAUUUGCAUUCGGCGUCAAAAUAUGAAAGAGGACGUUUCAGCGUCAGGAAACAAGAAUCUGUACGAAAUCCUUGCUCUAAAUAUGAAAGAAGUUCGUAAAAAGCCAUUCGAAGAACAGCAGCAUAUCAUAAAGAAAGCUUAUCGUUCUCAAUUGCGGCGUUGGCAUCCUGACAAGAAUCCUGAGAAUGGUGACAAUGCUAUAUGUCGAGAAAUCAUCUUCGCGUACGAGAUUCUCAAAGAUCCCGAAGCCCGAGCCGCGUACAAUAACGUCGCAGAUUAUGACAGGGGAUGGUUAUCAAAGGCGCGAUGGAGAGCUGUUUUCAAUCCCGAAUGUUACAGCGAUGCGCAAAAGUCACAAUAUCGAAAGAGAAUGGGAUUGUUGUUUUUAUCGGUCAUUCUUACAGCAGGUGGCGUCGGGUUAACAUUCCUAACUGUAGGAAGUGCCGCACCAGUUGUACUUGGAAUAAUAGCUGCAUCAGGGGCUCUUAUGGGAGGAGGGAUUUCAAGUGGAUUAAAGACAAUAAAUCGUGAAUCAAUAAAAAACGGCUGCCCGCUAAGAACGUACGUUUUAAGUUUUAUCGUUGGUGCUGUUAGUGGAGCAGCCUUGACAACGGGAGUAGCUGGAGUGGCGGCGUUUAUGGGUGGAGCUGCGAAGAUUGUAUUUAAGGUUGCUCAAUCUUCUCUGGAAGACCAAAUUUCUGUGAGGAUUGCCACCUCAGCUUUUCGCUGCUUCAUUAAAACCAUAACUAGUAAACUAGACGCAAUUAUUGCAGGUGGACCAAAAAUGACCUGGAAACAAUUUAUUUUACACGUCUUAACGGAUGCCCUGCUCGGAGGGGUUGCUGGUGUACCAGGAGGGCUGACAGAAAACAUGAUACAAGACGUGGUUUCUGCCGAAGAAGCACUGGCAGCAUUUGAAACUUUUUCGUCUCAUGUUGGUGACGGCGUUGAGAAAUUCACAUCAUUAGCAGCGGAAACGUUUUUUGAAUAUGUGAAGAAACAUUACGAUGACAACGGUGAAAGUACAGAUAUUUACGAUGACAACGGUGAAAGUACAGAUAUUGCGAUUCUAAUGCAAAAUGCGGGAAAGGAGGCUGCGAAAGAAGUCGCUAGAAGAGUCGAAAAGAAAUCCAAUGGCUCAGAAAACAUGAUACAAGACGUGGUUUCUGCUGAAGAAGCACUGGCAGCAUUUGAAACUUUUUCGUCUGAUGUUGGUGACGGGGUUGAGAAAUUCACAUCAUUAGCAACGGAAACGUUUUUUGAAUAUGUGAAGAAACAUUACGAUGACAACGGUGAAAGUACAGAUAUUGCGAUUCUAAUGCAAAAUGCGGGAAAGGAGGCUGCGAAAGAAGUCGCUAGAAGAGUCGAAAAGAAAUCCAAUGGCUCAGGAAAGACAACGGAGAUGAAUGGGAAAUCUAACAAGAAGUCAUUUGAAGAAGAUGAAACGAACUCGAGUGGUGAAAACAAUGACAGGAAUGCAGCCACUGAAAGUAUUGGUGUGAGAGAAUUGGAUAAUCAAAAAUGUAGUAAAAAAAAUGGCAGCUCAAAUGGAUCAGAAAAAACAAACCAAGUAACUCAAUCAUUACCGGACGGCAAACACAAACUACAGUAUAUUUCUGAUGGCGUUUGGUUUUCAAAGAUGAUUGUUGAUUAUGAAGAGAACGGUAAAAAGAUACCUAAGGCCGAGGUUAAAGGUAGUGGAAGUUUGAUUUGGAUACCGAGCAAUGCUACCAACAUUGAAGUUGGAUUUCAGGUCAUGCGCGGGCCUGGUGUUUGGUGUGACGUAAAAAAGUAUGACUUUUUGAACGACUGUUGGGUGAAACCAGCCCAGCCUCAUAUCUUCAAGUACAAGAAACCAGUGAGUUGCACGUACACUUUGGCUGGAAACUUGUACUGUGAGAAAGUGGUAAAUAUCACAAGGGAUGAACUCGAUGAAAAGUAUGAUAAAAUUCCUGAAUACAAGGACUUGAUAGAUGAAAUAAAUGAUGAAACCACGGAACCCGGGAGACACAUAUUACAGUUUAUUUGUGAAGGACUUUGGUUGGUUAGGAUGCUCGUUGAUUAUGAAGAGAACGGUGUAGAAAAACAUUAUGAGGUUGAAGAUAGUAAACAAUCCAUUGAAAUACCAAACAGUGCCACCAACGUGAAAGUUCGUUUUCAGGCCACGCGCUUUCUUCCAGGAAUUUGGUUUGAUGUAAAUAAGUACGACCGUUUCAAAGAAGUUUGGAUAGAACCAACUCAGCCUCAUAUUUUCGAGUACGAUCAACCGGUGAGUCGCACAUACACUUUGGCUGGAAACGCGCUUGGCCAUCUGGCUGUAAUUAAGAUGGCUGGAGACUGUGAUGACGAAAUAUCUGAUAUUGACGAUAAAACUGCGUGCACUGAGGAAAAUGACAGCUUGAAUGGGUCGGAAAAAACAAACCAAGUGAGACAAUCAAUAUCGGAUGGUAAUAAUGAUGAAAAGAACGACGGGGCAGAGGGCGGACAUUUGAAGUCGAUUCUGAUUGCCAACAAGUCACCUCAUGCGGUAACCUUGUACAUCUUCCCAAGUUGGACUAAAAGACAUUUUUUAUUGGAAAGUUUCAUUGUGGAGGGAGGUGAAAACUUCUUAUUUCAUAAAGAAACAGCUUUUCGAUUCGAGCUCACAGCACGCCGUAAAAAAAAGAAAAUUACUAUUUGGGGUCCAAUGAUGUGGGAAAGAGAUAUGGUGCUUCGAGUUAGCGGCGAUGAUGGAAUUAAUUUGAGAAAUGAGGAUUUGCUGUUCAAAGACAAACAAAUUUUUUUACGUCGAGAAAAUAUGGAAGAAGAUGAAAUAAAUUAUGAAUCCACGGAACAAUCAAAUGAAUCAAUAUCGGAUGGUAAUAAUGUUGAAAAGAACGACGGGACAGAGGGUGAACUCCCGAUAGUAGCAACAAAAACGUUUGCUGACUAUGUCGAGGAAUUUGAAAGUACAGACAUUACGAUUUUAACUCAAAAUGCGGCAAAGGAGGCUGCGAAAGAAGUCGCUAGAAGAGUCGCAAAGAAAUGCAAUGACUCGAAGAUGACCAAAAAGCAGAACGAAGCAACUAAUGGGUUUAAUGAAGUAGCUAAGGAUAAAGAAAAGACAGACACAAUGAACUCAACUACUGGAGCUGCUGAAGAAAAAGAAACGAACUCGAGUGGUAGAAACAACGACAGGAAUGAAAAAAAGACAUGCAAUGGUGGUAUUGGUGUGAGAGAAAUGGAUACUCAGAAGCAUAGUGAUAGAAAUGGUGACGACGAAGUAUCCGAUAUUGACGAUACUGACACCGAAUGCACUGAGGAGGAUACCAAGCUAUAAUUCAACCCAAGGCAUUUUAAGUAAUUAUUUUAAGUUAUCUAUUGUAUAAAUUUGACCUUAUAAAAGUUAUAAUGUAUACACCUAAGAGUUUGUUUCCAGCAGGAUAGUACAUAGCUAUAACUGGCUAUAUCUCAAAAACAAGACUGAAAGUAUAGGUCUAUGAAUGCUUUUUUAAUUACAACUUUUCCUACCCUAUAAUAUUUUUCAUAAUUCGUAUAUCGCCAAAGGCAUUGAGUAUAACAAUGAUUAAAAAAUUUACACUUACAUAACUGCAGCUAUAUUAAGGACUUUUGCAAACAUAGAAUUAGAUGUAUCUAUAAUUCAUGCACAGAUAACUAAAAUUGGCUUAGGAAUACGUUUAGGAAUUAAAAGAUUGCCACCAUAAUAAGAGCAAAAUAUACUUGUCCAAAAUUUUAGCCACUAUUUUUGCGCCAAAUGUGAAGAAUUAUGAAAAAACAUUUUGCCUGCAUGUCAGACAAGUGGCAUAGCGUAAAAUCGAGUUUUACGGCGCAGAUCAAUCUCGUUCCCCGAGCCCGCGAUUCCUCUGUCGAGAAAACAAAGGCUCUGGGAUAAUCCAAACCGGAAGCCAGAAAUUCUCGUUUCCGGCAGUUUGUAACGGUUUAUUGUAUUUCAAAAUCCAAACGGAAUCAGAAUAAUUUCCGAUUUCGAUUAUCCCAGAGCCUUUGCUUUUUCGCCAGAGAAAUCGCGGGCUCGGGGAACGAGAUUGGGCGCAGAUGUGACACGAAAACAGCCACUUGUGUUAUAGGAACCCAGUUUUAAUUUCUGUUACCCACGGCUCUGAUUCUGCUUACCAAAGGGAGUCUAUUAUCUAUGUGUAACUGUUGCAACUUGCAACCUGUGCAUUGAAAACGGGCUGCCCGAUGGUUAAGGGAAAAACCGACAGCGACGGGUUUGCGAAGUAAAUAAUUUAUUCAUUUUGCUCUUAUAUUGUUCUUUGACUGUGAUUGCAUUGUUGACAAGAAUGAUGCUUUUGCAUUCAUUGGCUUACAUGCAGUUCUAAGAUAAAAAGAAAUACUCUUUAUGUUGAAAAUAUUUAUCAUCAUGAGCUACGAGAUGAGGCAAUAAAGAGAUUUGAUGAGCGUUUAGCAGAGUAAAUCAAAAACUGCGAACUAAGAUUGUUUAUAUAACGAACGAGAAUAAGAAUACUGAGGUUCUACUGCUUUUCAUUAUAUGACGACUUCGAGCGGAGAUGAUGCAGUUUGAUGACUAAAAUGUUCUUGAGGAUUCAAACCGUUGAAAUCACUAAAUUGAAUAUAAGCAUUCCCCAUAGUCCUGAGUCUGGUACAUAGGAACGUAAAUUUAAACAAGUCUAAUAGAGAUGUUUCACUUUUUCAUCGUGUAUAAUGUUACUACCAUAUUCGACGCCCAUCAUUAUAUUUUUGUCUCUCCAAACAAUGCCAAAUUGCACCAGCUGCAUGUGGUCUGUGUGGCUUUUUGAGAAAAGGUAAUUAGCUUCUCUACAGGCAUAUGUUAAUAAAAUAUUGUUACUCGUUACUCAAAGAGACAACCCGAAUCUGGUGUUAAGAGGUCGUCAGCACAGUCCCUUUAACAUCUGAAAGGUUUAGGAUAUAAUCAAAUGCAAUGCUUCUUUGUUGGUCUUGGACCAAAUUUCGUCGUCACGACGCAGCAAAUAUAUCUUGAUAAGGAUCUGGUUUUAAUGUGACAUGAUUAAUUGGAUUUGCCGCUGGAAGAUAAAGCAACAAAACAAGUGAAAAGGCUUUUGAUCAGUUUGAGGAUAUUAAAGAUUUUGCUUAAUUUUAUAUCAUGG